AUGGCUACGCCGACCGUACGACAGUGGGGAGUCACUCCCCCAAUCUCAACCGUCCUUCCGACCAAAGAUGAAAUCGCAGCAAACGACGAUCUCAUCGCGUCACUCAAAGCCCAAAACAACUUCGAGCAACCGACAGAAACUGAAAGGAGACAAAAAGUGCUCCAACUGCUACAGCGCGUCACCGUCGAAUUUGUUCAAGUCGUUAGCCGCAACCGAGGUCUUUCUCCCGCUGCAGUUGAAGCAUCAGGCGGCAAAAUCUUCACAUACGGAAGUUACAGGCUUGGUGUCUAUGGUCCAGGAUCCGAUAUCGAUACUCUAGUUGUCGCACCCAAACAUGUCACAAUCGACGACUUCUUCUCAUCCUUUCCCGGUAUACUAGAGCGAAUGGCUUCUGAAGGAGCGAUCGAAAAAAUGACACCUGUGCCCGACGCAUUUGUCCCAAUUAUCAAGCUUGAACUCCUUGGGAUCAGCAUUGAUCUGAUCUUUGCCCGCCUUGUUAUUCCAUCUAUCCCAAUGAACAUUGAUCUGAAGAACAACGACUAUCUCAGAGGUUUAGACGAACGUGAGGUUCGGUCGCUCAAUGGAACUCGUGUUACAGAUGAGAUCCUGGAGCUGGUGCCCCAGCAAAAGACAUUCCGUCUUGCGCUGCGGGCAAUCAAACUUUGGGCGCAGAGGCGAGCAAUUUACUCAAACAUUGUGGGCUUCCCGGGCGGUGUUGCUUGGGCAAUGCUGGUGGCACGAGUCUGUCAACUAUACCCGCAAGCAACAGGAUCUGUCAUUGUGGGCAAGUUUUUCAGGAUCAUGAAUAAGUGGAACUGGCCUCAGCCUGUUUUACUGAAGCAGAUUGAGGAUGGUCCGCUUCAGAUGAAAGUGUGGAACCCAAAGAUUUACCAUGGUGAUCGCUUCCAUCUCAUGCCCAUCAUUACUCCCGCAUAUCCGUCAAUGUGUGCAACCCACAACAUCAGUCAUUCCACCAAGAAUGUGAUCCUUAGGGAACUGAACCGAGGAGGUGAUAUGGUUGACAAGGUCUUCAUGAAGCAGCUGUCAUGGGAGGAUUUGUUCGUCCGUCAUACUUUCUUCACCAAUGACUACAAAUACUAUCUCAGCAUCACCGCUUCGAGCAAAACCAAGGAGGCUGAGGGUGUGUGGUCAGGUCUUGUCGAAUCCAAAUUGCGUCAUCUUGUUGGUGCACUUGAUCGCAAGCAGAUCAUUGCAAUUGCUCAUCCUUUCCCCAAGGGCUUCGAAAGAGUCCACGUUGUCAAAAACAACCAAGAGAUGGAAGCGGUCAAGAAUGGAUCAACCCAGCAUGUCGCCAAGGGCACAAAGACCGAGACGACUGAUGAGACCAACAACGCCGCCCAUCAGGCCGCAGUUCAGAACACACUCGAGAAUGCCGAGGUUCCGGAACCAGCGCACUCCGCCCCUGAAAAUGAUGGCCAGACUGUCUACACAACAACAUACUACAUCGGCCUAGAGCUGAAGCCUUUGGAGCCUGGCCAAUCGAGAUCUCUGGAUAUCUCGAGCGACUCACAGCUCUUCAAGUCUCAAUGUACAGCAUGGACAGGUUUCCAAGAAGACGUCAUGGAGCUGGCAGUAGUCCAUGUUCGCAACUUUGAUCUCCCGGAAGAUGUAUUCGAACCUGGUGAGACCCGGCCCUCUCGGCCUAAGAAGAAGGUGAUCAAGAGAUCAGAGACAGCCGGCCAGAAACGCAGCAUCGGCGAGUUGGACGUAAGUUUACAAAAAAGAUCGAAAUCGGCCUAA